AUGAUUUCGAUUGCUCCGAGGUCAUUUCAGACUCAUCACUGGGCUCUGCAUUUGCUGCUCCUAGUGUCCAAUGCUUGUGCCUUCUAUAUCCCUGGCUAUUCAGUGACUCGAUACAAUGACAACCAGCCAGUUCCCCUCCUUGUCAAUAAGAUCUUCUCCGAUCACACUCAGCUCCAAUACGCCUAUUACGAUCUCCCUUUCGUCUGUCCUCCAAGUGGCCGUAGCCAUGGCGGUUCCCCAUUCGGAUCUGGCCAGAGUAUCUCCCUUAACUUGGGUGAAGUGCUGCGCGGCGAUCGCAUCAUGACAUCGGACUUUGAGCUCACCAUGGGAAAGGAUGUGGAGUGUCAGUCUCUAUGCACCGCCAAAGUCAGUCGAUCAGACAUUAAAUGGGCUCGCCAGUUGAUCAAAGAAAAUUACGUGAUUGAGUGGAUCGUUGACAACCUCCCUGGGGCGACCAGCUUUGUGACUGUUGAUCGCAGCCGUAGGUACUACGCAUCUGGCUUCAAGUUGGGCUACCGUGACAUUUCCCCCGCCACCGGUCAAUCUCGUUACUUCAUCAACAACCAUUUCACCAUCGUCAUUCGAUGGCGAAGUGCACCGGAAGGUGGGAAAGUCAUUGUCGGGUUUGAGGUUUACCCCAAGAGCAUCACUGCCGACGGUCGCAAGGAAGACGGCUGUCCGAAAACUGUUCACAAAGACCAGGAAGGUCUUGGAUUAUAUAUCGCUCCCAACAUGGCCCACUUGAAAGAGAAAUACGGCGGGCUCUCCUAUAUCCCUGAAGACGAUGAGGAGGAUGACGGUACUACUUUGGAUAUUCCAUACACCUAUUCCGUCUAUUUCCGUGAAGAGAAGAAAAUCGAAUGGGCCAAUCGGUGGGAUCUAUAUUUCACUAAUCAGGAGGAAGGCUCCAUGACUCAUUGGUUGGCAAUCUUCAACUCCCUGAUCAUCUCCACGGUGUUGGGUGUCACCGUCUUCGUGAUCUGGAGUCGAACCGUCCAAGGUGACAUCAAAGGCCGCGGUGACGGAGCCAUGGAGGAGCGGAAGAUCAAGGGACAACCACGACGCAAGCGACCUCUUGAGUUGAAGAGCGAGGGCUUACUGGAGAGCGCCGAUGUUGAGAACAAUGCAGACAUUUCGUCGGACGAGGAAACCUUUGAGGAUACCAGCGGGUGGAAACUGCUCCAUGGGGAUGUUUUCCGGGUUCCCGCCUACAGUGGCCUCUUGGCUCCGCUUGUCGGAUCUGGUAUGCAGCUUCUCUUCAUGGCGACGGGGCUCCUGGUGCUAUCCUGCUUGGGUAUCUUAAAUCCCAGCUUCCGCGGUGGAUUUGUCAGUGUCGGCAUGGGCCUUUUUGUAUUCGCUGGUCUCUUCUCGGGUUACUUCUCGGGACGGUUGUAUAAGACCUUUGGCGGCUCAGCGUGGCGCAAGAACACUUUGAUCACGGCUUUCUUGUUCCCUGGUCUCACAUUCUGCCUUGUCUUCAUACUCAAUCUAUUCGUGUGGGCCCAAGCAUCCAGCACGGCGAUUCCUUUCAGCACGCUCGUCGCUUUGCUUGCUCUCUGGCUACUGAUUCAAGUUCCUCUGGUCUAUUUCGGAAGCUGGAUUGGCUAUGUGCGUGCAAAGCCUUGGGAACAUCCUCUUAAGACCAACGCCAUUCCACGUCAAAUCCCACCGCAGCCUUGGUACCUGCGUAGCCCUGCGGGUCCGCUACUCGCUGGCUCCAUCCCCUUCGCGGUGCUCUUUAUUGAGUUGCUGUUUGUUUUCAAGAAUCUAUGGCAGGACAAGAGUGGCUACUACUAUGUGUUUGGAUUCCUCAGUGUCGUUUGCGCCGUGCUCCUGGUAACAGUUAUCGAGGUGACAGUCAUUUCCACCUACAGUCAGCUCUGCUCAGAGAAUUAUCACUGGUGGUGGCAAAGCUUCAUUACGGGCGGAAGUAGCGCUUGUUGGAUCUUUGCCUACUGCAUCUGGUACUACAUGUUCAAGCUACACAUUACUGGCUUCGUCUCCACUUUGCUAUUUUUCAGCUACAGCUUCCUCGCUUGCACCGUAUAUGGUCUCUUGGUCGGUACCGUUGGUUUCCUUGCAGCGUAUAUGUUUGUGCGACGCGUCUACAGUUCCGUCAAGGUUGACUAG